AUGCCGCCUCGGAAGAAACCCUUGAAUAAGCCAGUUAAAACGGAAGAAGCUGAUGACGCUUUUGGUGAACUUUUGAAACCUAUUUACAAAGGAAAAGCCCUAGCUGAUCCAAUAAACACGGCAGAAGAUAAGUGGAACCUUUUACCAGCUUUCCUUCAAGUUAAAGGACUGGUUAAACAGCAUCUAGACUCUUUCAACUACUUUGUGGAUAAAGAUUUGAAAAAGAUUAUCAAAGCUAACGAAAAGGUGCUCAGUGAUGUGGAUCCGGAGUUCUAUCUGAAAUACUUGGACAUCAGGGUUGGAUAUAAGUCUACAGAAGACUUACAGAAAGUCAAGCGGAACAUGAUUCCGCCCCACCAAUGUAGAUUGAGUGAUACCACCUAUAGUGCUCCAAUCUACGUGGAUGUUGAGUAUACCCGGGGGAGAAAAAUUAUUAUGCAUAGAGAUCUUGAAAUUGGUAAAAUGCCUAUUAUGUUGCGCUCCAACAAAUGUAUAUUGGAAAGCAAGGAUGAAUCUCAAAUGGCUUCGUUGUGUGAAUGUCCAUUAGACCCUGGUGGAUAUUUUAUUGUGAAUGGUACCGAGAAGGUAAUUUUGGUGCAGGAGCAGUUAAGUAAAAACAGAAUCAUUGUAGAAGCUGAUGAUAAGAAACAAAUCGUGCAAGCUUCAGUGACUUCUUCGACACAUGAAAGAAAAUCUAAAACAUACGUUGUUACCAAAAAUAACAAGAUUUAUCUCAAACACAAUUCCAUCUCCGAGGAAGUUCCUAUUGUGCUAGUGCUGAAAGCUGCUGGAAUCGUGUCUGAUUUGGAAAUCAUGCAACUAGUUUGUGGCGAUGAUUCAACGUAUCAGGACCUUUUCACUAUCAAUUUCGAAGAAGCUGCAAAACUCGAUAUUCAUACUCAAAGGGAUGCUCUAGAGUAUAUUGGUAAACGAGUUAAGACCAUGAGAAGACUAGGUGCUCCAAAAUUAUCUAUCUAUCAAGAAGGUGUCGAAGCGAUUGCAAAUACCAUUGUUGCACAUAUCUCUGUCGAAGAUCUUAACUUCAGAGAAAAGGCUAUAUACCUUGCCAUCAUGACUAGAAGAGUGGUUAUGGCGAUGCAUAACCCCACAAUGAUAGACGAUAGGGACUACGUGGGUAACAAAAGAUUAGAGUUGGCCGGUCAGUUAAUGUCGCUUCUAUUCGAAGAUUUGUUUAAGAAAUUCAACUCAGAUUUCAAGGCCAAUAUUGACAAAAUUCUCAAGAAACCUAACAGAGCCUCAGAAUUUGAUGCUUUACUAAGUAUCAAUGUUCACUCCAACAACAUUACCACAGGUAUUAAUCGUGCCAUUUCAACAGGAAACUGGUCACUAAAACGUUUCAAGAUGGAACGGGCAGGUGUCACUCAUGUAUUAUCUAGGCUGUCCUAUAUCAGUGCUUUGGGUAUGAUGACUCGUAUCUCAUCCCAAUUUGAGAAAUCUAGAAAAGUUUCGGGUCCAAGAGCUUUGCAGCCUUCCCAAUUUGGUAUGCUUUGUACUUCUGAUACUCCGGAAGGUGAAGCUUGUGGUUUAGUUAAGAAUUUGGCCUUAAUGACCCACAUUACCACUGAUGACGAGGAGGAGCCAGUUAGAAAAAUUUGCUAUCUGUUAGGAGCUGAAGACAUUAAGAUUGUGGAUUCCAGUGUAAUUAGUUCUCGAAGCAACUUUGGUGUCUACUUGAACGGUACUAUGAUAGGGGUCAUCCGAUAUCCAACUGUGUUUGUUACCAAAUUCAGGAAGUUGAGGCGGUCAGGAAAAGUUUCCGCUUUCAUAUCCAUCUACAUUAACUCGCAUCAUAAAGCUGUUCAUCUUGCAGCUGAUGGAGGUCGUAUUUGUCGUCCUUUGAUCAUCGUAGAGAAUGGAGUUUCCAAAGUUGAGGCACAUCAUUUACAAAAACUGAAAGAUGGAGAAUGGCAGUUUGAUUCUUUUUUAACGAAUGGUCUAGUGGAAUACCUUGAUGUCAACGAGGAAAAUGACUCCUUGAUUGCUCUGUAUGAAAAGGAUAUCAAAAAUUACACCACCCACUUGGAGAUUGAACCUUUCACAGUUCUUGGUGCAGUAGCUGGUUUAAUUCCUUACCCUCACCAUAAUCAAUCUCCAAGAAAUACAUAUCAAUGUGCGAUGGGUAAGCAGGCUAUUGGAGCUAUUGGUUAUAACCAAUUCAACAGAAUAGAUACUCUGUUGUAUCUUAUGGUAUAUCCCCAACAACCAAUGGUUAAAACAAAGACCAUUGAAUUAAUCGGCUACGACAAACUGCCUGCUGGACAAAAUGCUACUGUUGCAGUGAUGUCGUAUUCAGGAUAUGAUAUUGAGGAUGCCUUGGUCUUGAACAAAGCCAGUAUUGAUAGAGGUUUCGGAAGAUGUCAAGUUUUCCGUAAGAAUACUACAUUGCUGAAGCGAUAUCCAAACCAUACAAAGGAUAUUCUGGGUGGUAUGUCCGUCAAUGAUCAAGGAGAGCCCAUUUUUCAACACCGUUCAUUAGGACCUGACGGUUUAGGAGAAGUUGGUUUGCCAUUAGAAAGUGGGCAGGUUUACGUGAACAAAUUUGUCCCUAUAAAUUCAGAAGAAUCCAUCAUUGGCCAAACUCCAGAUGAUUCUCAGAGAAAGGAACAACACAGAGAGACGCCAAUGGUUUAUCGUGGACCUGAACCAAGUUAUAUUGACCAAAUGAUGAUGUCACUUGGAGAGAAUGAUCAGGUUCUCGUUAAGGCUUUACUUAGACAGACUCGCCGACCCGAAUUAGGUGACAAGUUUUCUUCCAGACAUGGACAGAAAGGUGUUUGUGGUAUCAUUGUACAGCAAGAAGAUUUGCCAUUCAAUGAUGAUGGAAUAUCUCCCGAUAUCAUUAUGAAUCCUCACGGUUUCCCUUCUCGUAUGACUGUGGGUAAAAUGAUUGAACUUAUAAGUGGAAAAGCCGGUGUUUUAGACGGAUCUUUACAAUAUGGUACUUGUUUCGGGGGGUCUGAUUUGAAGGAGAUGUCUCAAAUAUUGAUUGAUAAAGGAUUCAGUUACAGCGGAAAAGACCAACUUUAUUCUGGUAUUACUGGCGAGUGUCUGCAAGCUUACAUUUUCUUUGGUCCCAUUUACUAUCAGAAACUGAAGCAUAUGGUUUUGGAUAAGAUGCAUGCUAGGUCGAGAGGUCCUCGGGCUGUAUUAACCCGUCAACCAACUGAAGGUAGGUCAAGAGAUGGUGGUCUUAGAUUAGGUGAAAUGGAGAGAGACUGUGUGGUUGCUUAUGGGGCUUCCCAGCUGUUACUAGAGAGACUAAUGAUCAGCUCCGAUGCUUUUGAAGUAGAUGUCUGCAAUACUUGUGGUUUGAUGGGGUACAAUGGCUGGUGCCCAACUUGUAAAUCCAGUGAAUUUAUCAUCAAAAUGACAAUUCCUUACGCUGCUAAAUUGUUGUUCCAGGAAUUAGUAAGUAUGAACAUAGCUCCACGUUUAGAACUUGGGGAUGUCUUUUGA